AUGCAGGAACCAAAUCUUUUAGAUAUAGUCCCAGACAAACUGUUUCAAACACAUUCCAUCGGUGAAAUAGAUAAUGUUCAAAAGAAACUUCAAUAUGAAAUCGAAAGAAAAAGAGAAGAAUUACGGGCUAUGGUUGGCGAAAGAUAUCGUGACCUAAUAUAUGCUGCAGAUACUAUUGAAGAAAUGUUAACCACAACUUCUAGUACUUUAGAACAUAUUAAUGACAUGAUAGCCACCUGUAAGAACUUGCAUGACACUCACUUAGUGGGAUUUAAGAUCAAUGAGAAGAAGCACUUACAAAAUUCCCAGACCAGUAUGGACCCAGUGCAUUCUAUCUCAGUGCAGAUAAAACUAUUAAUGGAAAUACCUGAGAAAAUCUGGAAAAGUCUGGAAGUGAAUGAUUUUGUAAAAGCAGCACAACUGUUUAUUAUGGCUCGACAUAUAAAUACUGGUCUCCAAUUACAAAUAGCCGAUAGGAAUACAAACCCCGGCAAGUCACUAUACCAACUUGUUCAACAACAAUGGAAUUCUAUUUCUCACUUGAGCAAUACCAUUGUUGAAAUGUGCGGCCAAAAAUUGCAAGAUGUUGAUAUCAGUACUGAGGUGUCAUGUUCGUGUUUGGUAGGUCUUUAUCUUCUGGACUCUCAAUCAAUGGUGGAACUCUUAAACACUCUGAUUGACCUCCAUAGUAAUACAAGUCUUAAAUUAACGCUACAAUUUGACCUAGCUCAGAUACUUGAAGAUGUCAAAGCACAGAUAAAGAAGAAGAUAAUUAAUAGUGUUAAAAUUGUUAUGAAGACUGUUGUACUGGUUUAUGCUUGUUUUGUUGAAAACCAAGGAGGUGCAGUUUUGGAGAAAUUGAAAGAGUUAUACAGACCCGAUUCUCAACCAUUGAUAGAAUUGAUACAGUUUAGUGAUGCAAGUGCAUUGAAAUUAUUGCCAUCUGCUAUAACCAAUUAUAGGUUAUCAUUAUCUAAGGAUUUAAGCCCAUUAGCUGCUGAUCAAGUGACAGGCAGUGUUCAACGUUGGAGUGUAUGGGUGCAGACCUUCAUACAUGAGAAUGUGACGUCAUUGUUACAAAAUAUAACAAGAAUUAGAGUCUUACAUGAAAUACGAGAAGAGACAUUCAAGAUUGAAUCUCCUCAGAAUUGGUCUACAAUAUGUUCAUCGCUCGGUAUACCUGAAGUACACAUAUGGUGUACUUACUUCCAACCGCUACUCACGGCGAGAGUCAGAAAUAUUAUAGACACACGCUGGCAGAAGAUCAAUGACUCGUUUAAAACACAGAUAUUAAUAGACCUGAGUAAGGUCGCUUCAGACGACAGGGAGGCGGACAUCAACUGGUUCGUCUGGAAGGACCUUAUAGGAGAUACAGUCAUCGAGUCCAGGAAUGAAGUUGUUAGCGUCAUGGAAGGUUUGAUGAAAGGUAUGUCUCGCCAGGACCGCGGCUUUACGCCGGCACUACAAAAACUCUGUCAGAGUUUAGAUGACGAGUUACAGAAACUUCUAGAAGAUUUGAAGGACUACUUGUACGAGAGGAAGGACAGGGAUACUUAUCUGUACGACGAUGAAUUAGACCAGGUUUACACGGACAAAGAGGAAAUUGAAAUGUAUUUGAAGGAGGCGUCCGAUAGAAAUAUACAUAGUAUAAUACAAUACAUAAGGGCGUGUUUCGAUGAACCGACUCUACAAUCUACAGAACUACAAAGAAAGACGACCGCUGUAUACACAGCGAGGUUCACUCAAGCAAUAACAGUCCUUAUGCCUUGCCUACGUAAGUGCUAUAUUACCUUGGAUGAUACGAAAGCUUGGAACGACAUUUGCACUGUGUUGAAAGAAAAUUGCCUGUUCUGUUGGAACAAAUGGUUGGAUAUAGCUGAAGUUAAAAUAAACGAACUAACAAACGGUCUGCCGCAAAAGUUCACUUUGGAAGACAAUAUAGAUUAUUUGAUGAUGGAAUGGGAUGUCAUAAAAAUAGAAGAAAAAGACGAAGAUGGCAACCCUUUAGAAUCAACGAUAAAAGUACCCGCCGGUCCGUCUAUGAAACUACAGGAGUAUUUAUAUUCAAUAAGUCGCAUACUAGACGAAGUCGUACCUCACACGCUACCGAGCGAAAUACACUCAAGAUAUAUAGACAAAACUAUAUCCAUCUCGCUCGCACAUUACAAUAAAGUCAUAAGAGAAAACGAGCAAGACAUAAAUCAAAGAUGCGCUCUCCAAUUGCUAAUGGACGUUCGUCACUUGACUCUGUUAAUGGUUGCAAGAGAUAACAAAGCAAUGGAGGUGUCCCAAGAUAUAUGUGAAUUCUUAAGACAUAAGAUAGAUCCGUUCGAUUAUGAUGUGUUUUAUCCGUAUAUACAGACUAGUUUGAAGAGAUCGGUCCAAAGGGUUAUGAUUCUACUGGGCAGUACAAGUCAGCCUCAGUCGUUAUCGAAGCCUAUUCGUUCUGGAGGUACCGCGGACAGCGCCGCCCGGGUCCUCGCCGCUGCUGACGCGCCCUGGUUCUCCCUACUUCCGGUUGCCGUUCCGGUUAAGAAGGAAAAGGUGGCUAAGAAAAAACCUUCAGCCAGUCCAAGCAAGACGAAACCCGAUGUAACAGAUAAUAUAAUGAGUGCGUCACUACCAAUAAACUUUGCAAACGCCAGAUCCGGGGCCGCUUCGUUCUUUAACUCAAUGACAUCAGAUUGGUUCAGCGGUUGA